UAUUAUUACACCUAUUUGAACACACACACGCAAACACACACUCACACAGAGUCUCCUCUGUGAUCGAUUAGCUUAGUGUGUCUGAUCUCUGAUCACUUCCUUUCAUGGUUAUCGAUACUUAAGCUUCUCUCAGUGUCGGUGGUUUCGUCUGUCGGUGUCGGUCCGGUUCCGUCUGGUUCUUGUUCCGGAACUUUUGGGACUCAGUGUGAAGCUUCAGUCCCGGGUGAACUGUUAGCAUCUUCCUGCUGGAGCUCAUUAAGCUUCUGUUAGCUUCUGUUAGCUUCAUCACGCGGGUCAUUUCCGCCUCCGACACUCCGCUUCACACCAGAACUUCGCGCUGCUCUCCGGACCAAACACAGCUGAGCUCCGAGGCUAGUUAUCUGGUUCGGUGCUGUUAGCAGGGCAGCUUAGCUAACUAGCUAACUGUUAGCCGGAGUUAGCCGCUAGACCGAGCUGCUCCGUUCUCGUCAUGCCGGCGAUGCUGGAGAGAAACCCCGAGGCUCCGGGGAAGCGGAGGGGCAGAGCCCCGGCGGGAGGUGGCAGCAGUGGCCCAGGAGCAGCUAACCCCAGCGGGAAGAGUUUGUCCGGUAAUGGAACCAGCUGCUGGGAAGAAGGAAGUUCAGGCUCCAGCAGCGAUGAGGAGCAUGGUGGCGGAGGGAUGCGGGUCGGACCGCAGUACCAGGCCGUGGUUCCAGACUUUGACCCGGAGGUGGCGCAGGCUGCUCAGCUCAGAGAAAACCUUGGCAUGUUGGUCUGGAUCCCCAGCAGCUGUCUGAACCACACUCAGUUGGACGAGUACGUCAACAUCGCCAAAGAGAAACACGGCUACAACAUGGAGCAGGCUCUUGGGAUGCUCUUCUGGCACAAACACAACAUUGAGAAAUCUCUUGCCGACCUGCCGAACUUCACUCCGUUUCCUGACGAGUGGACGGUGGAGGACAGAGUCCUGUUCGAACAGGCCUUCAGUUUCCACGGAAAGAGCUUCCACCGCAUCCAGCAGAUGUUACCUGAUAAGUCGAUGGCAAGUCUCGUCCGAUUUUAUUACUCCUGGAAGAAAAGUCGCAGUAAAACAAGUCUGAUGGAUCGACAGACGCGAAAACACAAAAGGGAGAGAGGAGACAGCGACGACGAAGUCGAGGACGUAAACAUAAAUCCUCCAAGUGACACAGAGUACGACCCGAAUAAAGACGACAAGAAAGAGGUGAGUUCUGGAUCAGAGAGGUCAGAGGUCAAACCAGCUGCUGGACUGAAGACAGGCAGUAAGGCGUCUCAGCGGUUGAAGAAACGUCCUCCCAGAGGAAUGUUUCUGAAUCAGGAGGACGUUGUCUCGCUGUCGUCUUCGUCUCCUCAGGGAUUCAUCAGACAACUGGACUGUCAGCUGGUCUCCAUCAAGAGACAGAUUCAGACCAUCAAACAGUCGAACAGUUGUCUGAAGGAUAAAAUCAGCUCAGGAGUCGACGAGUUCAGACAACCUGAGGUUAAUCAGAAGUUUAACACUCGUUGGACCACAGAGGAACAGCUGCUCGCUGUACAAGCCAUCAGAAAAUAUGGGCGGGACUUCCAGGCAAUCUCAGAUGUGAUUGGUAACAAAUCGGUGGUUCAGGUGAAGAACUUCCUGGUGAACUACAGAAGGAGAUUUAACCUGGACGAGGUUCUUCAGGAGUGGGAGGCCGAACACGGGAUGGAGGGGGGAGACGGGGGAGGAGGAGAGGAGGAGAAGAUGGAGGACAAGAUGGAGGUGUGUCUUGCUGAGGAGGAGGAGGCCACUGCUAAGGAGAUGAAGGAGGACUUGUCCUCUCCAGUGGACUCCCAGAAGCCUCAGGCCUCCUGAGACCAUCUGACCUUUGACCCUCUGGUUUUAUGAUGUCGUCAUGUGUUUUAUUUUAUUUUAUUGUCUCAGUUGAUCAGUUAGUAUGUGGAAAUUUUAUUGAUGAUUAUUGAUCAGGUAUGUGUCUUGUCUGUCAUGACUGCUCUCUCUGGACCAAUCAGAAAUCAGACCGGACCUGUCAAUCAAAGUGGUUGGGGCCUUUUGUUUGUUUGUUUGUUUGUUUGUUUGUUUGUUUGUUUGAUUGAAUGAUGUUUUAUGUUUUUAUUGAAGCAGCCAUGUUGGUGAUAUUACUCAAGUAGGAGGGGUUUCCUGUCCUGAUGAUGUCAUCAUGUUUUGGGGGUUUUAAGAUCUUUUAGAGGGGUGACAAUAAAACCAAAGUUAAUUAAUAAAU